UUCAAUUUUUCUUGUGGAUUUUGUUUGUUGGAAGUAAAUUGAAGGUUAGUUCCUUACAUUUUUUUCUUAUGAGUGAUUUUGACUUUUGAGUUUCAUGUGGUAGGUUACCUAUCUAAAAAAAUUUGAAUAUCUUCUUCUUUUUUCUUAUGUGUUGGAAAUUAUUUUCUGUUUGUUGCUAUCUCUUACAAAUUUCUGUUCUUAUAUGUGUUGUUAUUGCAUUAUGUAGUGUUGAUAUUUUUUCCGACUUAAAACCUUUUUUGGUUUACCUUGGCAGCUCUUCUUACUACUGAAAUUGUAAAUUGCUGUUGUUUGUAAUCCUAUUACCUCUGCUCUAGCAACUGGUUGCUCAUUCUCUGUUAUCUCAUAGUUACAACAAGCUUCUUUGUACACGUUGAUCCUACAAGUGGUACUUGUUGAAAUCAAAUUAAUUUCCUAUUUUAAUGGAUUUGGUAGUGGAUAAAAGUUGGAUGAUCAAGCCUAGGCAUAGUGAUGAAUAUAGGAGAGGGGUUAGGACUUUUCUUGAUUUUGCUUUUCAUAAUGCAUCUGAAGAUGGAAGAAUUAUGUGCCCGUGUAGAAACUGUGUUAACCGGUAUUUGCGUUCAUAUAAUGAAGCUGAAAUACACUUAGUAUGUGAUGGCUUCAGGAAGGGGUAUACACAAUGGGUAUUUCAUGGGAAGACGCAUUUCACCAGCGGUACAGCAUCUGCAGGUUUGCACACUUCUCCUAUUGAUAUAGUGGAAUCUGUUCAAGAUUGCACUAUGGCCGAAUCGAAUCCAUGGACAAUAGAUGAUGUAACUGGGUUGCUACAUGAUGCUUUCAAUGUAGCUAGGAAAACGAAUGAGGCUCCAUUAGAUACUGAUAGGGUUUUUAAUCCGGGAGAAACUGAGGUGGAAAUAGACUCUGAUAGUGUAAAAAUAGCAUCAGAAGGAAUGCAUCUUGAAGCUUCUAGUGAGGAAAACGUUAAUUUCGUGAAAUUGUUGAAAGCUGCGGAUGAAGAAUUAUAUCCAGGAUGCAAGACAUUUUCUAGUUUGUCCUUUAUCUUGCAUUUGUAGCAUUUAAAAUGCUUGCAUCGGUGGACUGAGAAGUCACUUGCAUCGGUGGACUGAGAAGUCAUUCACUAUGCUCCUUGAGUUGUUACUUGAUGCGUGUGUCACUGCCCAAGUCUUUCUAUCAAGCUAAGAAAAUCAUUCAAGCGUUAUUGGAUUACAAAAAGAUUCAUGCUUGUCCUAAUCAUUGUAUGCUGUAUUGGGGUGAGAUUGAGAACCAAGAGCUGUGUCGCACUUGUGGGUCUUCUAGAUGGGCAGUUUCUAAAGGAAGUAACCAAAAUGAUACAACUAAUGUUCCUCAGUCUUCUUCUUUCACUACCAAGAAAAAACCAGCAAAAGUCUUACGUUACUUUCCUCUAAUUCCUAGACUUAAAAGGUUGUAUGCCUCGACUAAAACCUCCAAGGAUAUGUUAUGGCAUGAAGAGGGUCGUAAGAAGGAUGGUAAGCUUAGACAUCCUGCAGAUGGUGAUGCCUGGAAAGCUAUUGAUGACAGAUAUUCAGAUUUUUCUAGUGAUCUCGAAAUGUAAGGCUUGCUCUGGCUAGUGACGGUUUCAAUCCAUUCAGAAAUAUGACCACGUCAUAUAGCACUUGGCCAGUUGUGUUGGUCAAUUACAAUAUGUCACCUUGGAUGUGUAUGAAGCAGACCUCUUUUAUACUAUCAAUGAUAAUUCCAGGUGAGAAGGGUCCUGGAAAUCAUAUUGAUACUUACUUACAACCUCUUAUUCAAGAGUUGCAUGAACUAUGGCAGGGGGUCGAUGCUUAUGAUGCUUUUACACGACAAAAGUUUCGAAUGCGUGCUAUAUUGAUGUGGACUAUAAAUGAUUUUCCUGCAUAUGCCUACUUGUCUGGUUGGAGCACUAAAGGAGAGUUUGCAUGUCCUUAUUGUGCCGAGCUUACACAUUCAAGAUGGUUAUAUAAUGGCGGUAAGCAUUGCUACAUGGGUCAUAGGCGAUGAUUACCAGUGGAUCAUUCUUAUCGUCAACAAAAGGAAAAUUUUGAUGGUGGUGAAGAGGUAGGGAUUGCACCGACUGCAAUGUUUUGAAGCAAUUAGAUGACAUUCAAUUUUCAUUAAGGACACCUUUGAAAAGAAAGCAGCCAAAAAGGAAAAGAAAGGUAGGUGAUCAAGUAGAGGAAUUGAAUGAAGAGGAAAAUAUAGAGGUUAGGCAAGCUGCCAACGCGAUGAAUUGGUGGAAGAAGAAGAGUAUUUUUUUUUAUGUUUCCAUAUUGGCAAUAUAAUCUUUUGCGUCACAAUCUAGAUGUGAUGCAUAUAGAGAAAAAUGUUUGUGAUAAUCUUCUUGGCACAUUAUUAGGUCUUGAAUAUAAGUCUAAGGAUAAUUUGAAGGCUCGCUUAGAUCUUAUUUCUUUGAAUAUUGAUAGGAGUAAAUUACUCC